CUGCCACUGCUGCACAAAUAUCCUAAAUUCAAUUUUCCAUGUUAUGAAUGUUUGUUUUACGCAGGACUGAAAUGGAGAAACUUCACCUGGAAGAGAAGGCAUCACUGGAAGAGAACCAAACCUGCACAAACCCAGGCGGCCAUGAUGAUAAAGCCUCAGUUGGUCCCAGCGAUGGACAGCAGGUUCAGCCCACCCAGAGGCUGCAGAACAAACACCGUUGUGACAAGUGUCUGAAAUAUUUCAGAUGGAAGACGUAUCUGAAAAUUCAUCAACGCAUUCACACUGGAGAGAAGCCUUAUAGCUGCAGUCAGUGUGAGAAGAGAUUCAGACAACUGUCAAAUCUGAAGACUCAUCAGCGAAACCACACUGGAGAGAAGCGCUAUCUCUGUGACCAGUGUGGAAAGACUUUCAUUCAGAAGAGUCACUUUAACAGCCAUCAGCGAAUCCACACUGGUGAAAAGCCUUAUAGAUGUGACCAGUGUGAGAAGACAUUCAGAGAUCAGUCAACGCUGAAGAGUCAUCAGCGAAUCCACACUGGUGAAAAGCCUUAUAGCUGCAGUCAGUGUGAGAAGACAUUCAGAGAUCCGUCAACGCUGAAGAGUCAUCAGCGAAUCCACACUGGUGAAAAGCCUUAUAGAUGUUAUCAGUGUGGAAAGACUUUCAUUCAGAAGAGUCACUUUAACAGCCAUCAACGAAUCCACACUGGUGAAAAGCCUUAUAGAUGUGACCAGUGUGAGAAGACAUUCAGAGAUCAGUCAACGCUGAAGAGUCAUCAGCGAAUCCACACUGGUGAAAAGCCUUAUAGCUGCAGUCAGUGUGAGAAGACAUUCAGAGAUCCGUCAACGCUGAAGAGUCAUCAGCGAAUCCACACUGGUGAAAAGCCUUAUAGAUGUUAUCAGUGUGGAAAGACUUUCAUUCAGAAGAGUCACUUUAACAGCCAUCAACGAAUCCACACUGGUGAAAAGCCUUAUAGCUGCAGUCAGUGUGAGAAGACAUUCAAACAUUCCUCAGGGCUGAAGCGUCAUCAGAAAAUCCACACUGGAGAAAAAGCCUGAUCCACACAAGACAGCAGCAACAUCUGGAAUGUGAGGGAACUUCUUUCUCUCCUCCUGUCUUCUAUCACUAUGGCGACAACAGCCGGUGCUGUCAGUAACAUUUAUAUCAAUAAUAAUAACAAGCAUGCAAAUAAA